AUGAACUGCUGCACCGUCGCCUUUGUGAUGAGCAAUGAAGUGAGCAGCGUCCCAAGCUCAACCAUGCAGUCCGGAGCUCCAGAUGCAUCCAAAAGGCAAGGGUCUGAUGGCGUGAAUGGCUUGACAAACGCGAUAUAA